CUUGCUACAGCCCGCUAUUUGGCGUAUCUCGACCUCACGCUUCCUAAACUCGGCCAAAGUCCCAGAUUUCUGGACAGCCUGUUGGCAUUUCUAAGCGCAGAUCUGAAUUGUAUCUGCUGGCUCAUCGACUACACCUCGAGCACAUCCCACGCCACAAACACAAUAGUACCUUGUUUGAGAGUAUAGAACGAUUCUAUACGUGAAUCUUGACAUAUUUUGAAUAUUCUUUCGAGAGUUUUCAUUGCUUUGGUCCCAGUUGGAUAUUCGUAUCUUUUGGUCAGAAUCUCACCGCACCAGUACAAGAACCUUACAUAUCAUCUCCAAUAGCAGUAUAGCUUGCUAUAAGGAACAGCCUACCGUAAGAUAUCGAAAGUUAUUUUAAUUGCCCAUUGGGUGCCAUAAUCACACCUUAACUUAUCUUUUCACAUCUACGCUUACUUAAAAGCCAAAGGUCAGUACUAUCCAUUCUCACUCGUAUAACCGGUGCUUUACAACUUUACGUAAUUUCUUCACAUCCACUGCCGUUUUGACUUCAUCCAUAAAAUGGUAUUAAUCAACGGUGUAAAGUAUGCCUGUGAACGGUGCAUUCGUGGUCACAGAGUCACCACCUGCACCCACACUGACCAGCCGUUAACCAUGAUCAAACCAAAAGGAAGACCCGCUUCACAAUGUCAGCAUUGCCGCGACCAGCGUAAAAUGAAAAACCUCCAUACAACUUGUACUUGUGGAAAAAAAGGAAAAUCUCCUGGAAUGCAUUUGGCCUCUUGUCCCUGCCACAAGAACUCACAUUGUACUUGUUCAGCUAAUCAGGCAGCAAAAAAAGUGGGCGUCGCUCCUCAAGGCAACAUUCAUCACCAAACAGCCUCGGAACGAGCUAAAAAGAAGUCGUUGAUCACGGCAGCUAACGCUGAUUUGUUGAAAAGAUCUGCCUCUACGUCUUCGAACUCGAAUUUGAAUAGUAACUCGUCGAACGGAAAUCCUUCAACUUCACCUAGAAGCCUGAACGGCACAUCGUCAACAUUCACAGCGUCAAACUCUCUUAACAAUUACGUGAUCGAAGAUGUCAUUGUCCCCUUUGAAACCAGCAACGGCUUGUUUGACUUGUUUUCCUCGGCUGCUCCGUCGGAAAACAACACUUCCAACAACAGCAUCAACGGCUCUAAAACUAACCUCAACGAUCCCUUCAACACCGGAAGUAAUUCCAAUUCUGCUGGCUCAUUGAGCCCAAGCUCUAACUUCAACAAUAACAAUAAUACUACAAUGAACGGUACUAAUAGUAUCAGUUUAAGCAACAACAACUACAACGACCUCUCUUACGACACCAAUAACGACACAGCUUACGAAAAAGACUCAAUUGAUCUUCCCACACUUGCAACUGAUAUAAAGCGCCACUACAAUAAUCCCGAUAUCGAUGCCCAUUUAUCACCUACAGAACUCGAGUUGGUGGAUCACAUGUUUCCCUUGUUUCCCUUAGUGGGAACAGCCAGUUUUGACAGCGACCUGAACCAGCCACUUCUGUCAAUUCCACAGAACAACAUAUUCACUUCUCUUCAUGAAAAAAGUGCUCCUAUGAGCACAACCUUCACCAACUUGACUGGUACAAAUGGAAAUGGAAACUCCAAAGUUAAUCCCCUCGUAAACUCGAACGGAAGUAACAAUUCCAAUGCAAACGUAACGAAUACUAAUGCAGACAGUAACGUAAGUACGGAUCUUUCGCAUUCGCUGUCUAUCAAAUCUCUCAACAGACCACAUCAGCCCAAACCAGUAAGACCUAUUCCCCAGCCUAGUGCUACACCGCAAUCGACUUCUUCUAAUGUUAACUCAACCAAUAGCGGCAAUAAUCAUUACCAACCUAUACGGCCUAAAAGGCCCGAAAGUGUCUUAUCUAUAGCGUCGAAUUCGUCCAGUCGCUCUUUUGAUGUAAACCAUAACCACAACUCGUCGUUUAUAGUAGGAGGAAUACCCAACUCUACAAAUUCUGCUGCGUAUCCUCCGAGUGGACUUUAUGGGGCCUAUGAUGUGCACAAUGUUGCCAGUGGCUUCCAUAGUGACGACAGUCCUCAUUAUCACCAUUUUGGAGGUACAGGCUUGGGGUCAACUUCUUCUUCAACGAAUAUAGCCUCGAAUCAGAAUGAAAGUGAUUUUGCCAACUCCGAAAACUGGUUUUCUGAACUCGCUUCAAAUAACAAUAAAAGAACCACUUCGUUGUCAACAUCGUCGUCGUUUGCUAACAUAUAUGAGAAUCAGAAGAACGGCUUAUCUGAAGAUCGGAAGGUUUCCGGUACACCUGACGUACUGAAUGGGGACAUCUACGGCAACAGCAAACUUACUAGUGCAGUCCCAGAAGAGAACGGUGAAGAACAAAACUAUUCUUCUUCUGUACCUCCUGCUCAGGCACCAAUGGACUAUGAGGUCAAUUUGCCGAUGUUCCAAGAUUUGUUGCCUCUGUUUGACGGAAAGAGUUUUGACCAAGACUUCUAAUUAUCAGAAUAACCAGAAUAUCAAAACAGACAUAGCUAAGAUCCUUGCUCUGGACAAUUAUAGAAUAUGUACAAUAGGCAAUAGGGCGUUGUGUGUUGUUUCCUUGAUAUUUUGAAUUUAUUCACCGACUGGAGUAUGAAGUUCUAUAGGAUGUAAUUGAAUAGAAGUAUAAUGUAUAUUUAAUUACAG